ACAGGUUUUCUUCAACUAACCCCACCCACGCUUAAAACUCCUUUCAUAUUCCCAUAUUUCCAUUGUCCAUGUCGCUGCUGUUAAGAAUCCAACCAGCAUGAUGCCACCACCACCAUGUUUCUCUGGAUGGAUGGGCCCUUCUGGGUGAUGUCCAAUAUCAACACUCCACACUAAAUAGCCCAAAAUCCAAGGAUUGGGAGUCAGACUGAAGAGCCCUGAGACAAACAAAACCACCUCGCACCCUAGCCGCCUCAUUACCAACUGAAUGGCUGAUGAGCUGUCAGGAAUUUCUCUUGCUGCCGACAGACUGACAGCAAUGCGCUCAUUGGGAGUCCUGGGCGUCGCGCUGCACGCAUCACUGCUGGUGCUGCUGGCGCAGGGGAUCCAUAAAUCCAGAGAUGGGCUCAUCAUGAGGUCUCUACACCGCUUCUCCCUGACGGAGCGAUCUACGGGAUACCACCUGCCUACCUAUAUGAUGCAUCUUUACAGGAACUUCAGGUCCAACUUCUCCGGGCCCCUGGAUAACAUGGAGCAGGACGCAGCGAAGCGCGCGGAUACAGUAAAGAGCAUGAUGGCCAAAAGUUUGACCUACAGACAUGGCCGUUGGGUGGUGACCUUUGACCUACACGUGUUGCUGACUGAUAAGCACAUCCAGGCUGCAGAGCUGAGGAUCAGACUUCCUCCAACACAUAAUCCUCUCAAUGCCUCAGUGGAGGUGUAUCACCUGCAUCAUGAGCCAGUAGGACUGCUCAACAUGUCAUCACUGGUAACUUCGUCACACAGCUGGAAGGUGUUCAACAUGACAAGCCCCCUCCUAGGGUGGCUCAGGCAGAAAUCGGCUGCAAAAAGCCGAACCAAAAGAAUAUCAAGGCGUAAGAAAGGAAUUGGGAAGAAGAGGAGCCUCUCUAUUCCACCUGUGUUUGAGACAGGUGGUCAGGCCUUACUGGUGAUCUUCUCCCAAACGGGGUCUGAUGAAAGCUCAAGAGCUAAAGCGAGCCUGCUGCAUACAGCUGAGCAAUCCAAGUUCUUGUCGCCUGCUGAAAUUAAAAGGGUCCCCCGGCCGAAGAGGCGUAGGAGCAAACGGGGCCAGAGGGAUCAAACUGCGAGAAACCCACAGUUUCCCAUGAAAGGGGGCGAAAAGUCCCUCUGCCGCAGAGUGGACCUGCACGUCGAUUUCAAUCAAAUUGGCUGGGGCUCUUGGAUCGUCUUUCCCAAAAGAUAUAACGCCUACCGAUGUGAAGGUUCUUGCCCUGGUCCUCUGGGAGAAGGUCUGAAUCCAACUAAUCACGCUUAUAUGCAGAGUCUCCUGAAACAUUUCCAUCCUGAACGAGUGGUGCCACCAUGUUGCGCUCCGACCAAAAUGAGCGCGCUGAGCAUGCUAUACUACGAGAAUGGAGAAAUGCUUCUUCGACACCACGAAGACAUGAUAGUGGAUGAGUGUGGCUGUCAGUGAACACCACAACCAAAGAGUUGACUGUUUCGCAGAGUGGCAGGAAAGCACAUGCUGUACAAAAGCAAAGUGAUUCCUGCAGAAUGAAAAGAAAAACACUUAGCCUUUAAGAGGAAAAAAGCUCUUUGAUAUUAGUGAUUGUGCACUGUAAAGACUGCAUCUUAUCCAUGAUGGGAAUCAUGAUCUUAAAUCAUGACGUGGGCUCUGGUUAUUAAGAAGGACUUUUUUUUUUUUAAAGAACUGAUUAAAUCAUACCCCAAGUGUUGUAGUUUAUGGCUACAAUCCAGUACAGGCUAUUUUUAUCUUAUCAAUGUGUUCAAUGUAAACAUGAAAUGACGUCAUUAAAUAUUUGUGCACUGUUUGUAUUGUACACUAUACUGUUACUGUCAAUUA